UUCGUUUAACCCUCUGCUGCUCGCCCUGCGUACCUGUCACUACUCCACUUAGCUGGAUAUGUAAUUUAUACAUUUACUUCGACUGUUUCCUGUCUGUUGUGGCAGUUUGUGGUGGUGGUGGUAGCUGCUACUGCUGCUGCUGCUGCCUGCUGCUGGUGCUCUCCUGGCUGCGUCCUCCUGCUAUGGCGUCCGUGUAUAGCGGAUCCCACACCUUGAGCAAGGAUGAUGUGAAUUACAGGAUGCAUUUCCGAAUGAUAAACGAGCAGCAGGUUGAAGAUAUCACGAUAGAGUUUUUCUACCGGCCGCAUACGAUAACACUACUGACAUGCACGGUGCUCAGUCUGAUGUAUUUCGCCUUCACAAGAGAUGAUGGAAACCCCGACAGUAAUCUCUGGGUGGGGCUCAUCCUGGUCAUCUCAUUCUUCCUCAUCAUCAGUGUUUUGGCAUUUCCUAAUGGCCCAUUCACCAGACCACAUCCAGCAAUAUGGCGAAUAGUUUUUGGUCUGAGUGUCCUCUACUUCCUGUUCCUGGUUUUCAUCAUCUUCCUCAACUGGCAGCAGGUGAAGCAGCUAAUGUAUUGGUUGGACCCAAACCUGCGUUAUGCCAAAAGAGAAGCAGACAUAAUGGAAUAUGCGGUGAACUGCCAUGUCAUCACGUGGGAGCGAAUCAUGAGCCAUUUUGACAUUUUUGCAUUCAGUCAUUUCUGGGGCUGGGGUAUGAAGGCCCUGCUCAUUCGAAGCUAUGGCCUGUGUUGGACCAUCAGUAUUACCUGGGAGCUUACUGAGCUGUUCUUCAUGCAUCUGCUCCCUAACUUUGCUGAGUGCUGGUGGGACCAGGUGAUUCUGGACAUUCUGCUGUGUAAUGGAGGGGGCAUCUGGCUUGGCAUGACUGUGUGUCGCUUUUUGGAGAUGAGGACCUACCACUGGGCUAGUAUUAAGGACAUCCACACCACCACAGGGAAGAUCAAACGAGCCGUGUUACAGUUCACCCCUGCAAGCUGGACCUAUGUUCGCUGGCUUGACCCAAAGUCCUCCCUGCAGCGAGUGAUGGGCGUCUAUCUGUUCAUGAUCAUCUGGCAGCUAACAGAGUUGAACACGUUCUUCCUCAAGCACAUUUUCGUUUUUCCCGCAAGCCACGCUCUUAGCUGGUGUCGGAUUCUGUUCAUCGGUAUCAUCACAGCUCCAACAGUGAGGCAGUAUUAUGCGUACCUUACAGACACACAGUGCAAGAGAGUUGGAACACAGUGUUGGGUGUUUGGGGCAAUUGCCUUCCUGGAGGCCUUAGCGUGUAUUAAAUUUGGACAGGACUUGUUUUCAAAAACACAGAUCCUCUAUGUGAUCCUCUGGCUUCUGUGUUUGGCUUUCAUUACAUUCCUGUGCCUGUAUGGAAUGGUGUCGUAUGCUGAAAAUUAUGGUCCAAGAGAAAAGAGCCUCUCAGAAUGUGAGGACAGUAAUUACACAGAAUCUGCUGACUAUGUGUUCGAAGGAUUUAAAGGAGAGACGGAGGUGGAUGGAGACAGCCCUACAACAAGACGGAGAGGAAAGGGCUCAGGAAAGAUCAAAUCCAUCAACGGCCUGGACGGCCAGUAGGAGUUAAAGCCAGAGGGCAGUGGGCGACUCCUGAACUUACCCCAAGGAGCCAGAUGUGGAGGUGUGGUCACAGGUUGAAUAGGGGGUUAAGAAACGACUACUUCCAGGUGUAAUUGAAGUCUAGAAAGCCCCCACCUAUAGUAGAGGGAAUGGAGACAGGCAAGACUAAGUGGAUGAACAGGUCCAUGUGGUGUUAUUAGGAGUGUGCAGAGGCUUGGACUACAGAGAUGCACACUAAACAGUGUGAUGUAGUCAUAAAAGCUCCUAAACCACGGAUCACAGGUUUGUGUGCAUGUGUGAUGAGAGAGAGAGGAAUGGUGGUAUUUCGUGUGUGUGAGAGAGAGAAAGAGGUGGCAAUAAAAACGGCCGACUUUAGAUGUGACUGCAUGAUCAUUGUAGCUGAUAAACUAUAAUUUACAAACAUUUAUCCUAUGAUACAGUAUAUCGUUGAUGGUUAAUGUACAUCUGACUGGUUUACGCCAGCCUUAACUCCAGUAUGUGGGUUCAACACAUUUCAAUGUUAAAAGCCAUUAUGUAGAAUUUAUCACAUUAAUUAGAGCCUCUGUGUUUAUAGGACAGAAAUGCUUAAGUCUUUUUAUUAGUAUCUGUCAUAGAUUGUCUAUUUACAUCAAAGAUGUUCACAUUUGUUUUGUGUUUAUAACUUGAAUGUGGACAGGAUUUCAAUGCAAGACAUCUUUAGCUUGUUAGCAUCAUCGACUGAGGUUUGUGUUUGAUCUGGAACAAAGCGAAGCACACAGUUUAAGCACUUUUCAGAAUGUUUUCUUGGAAAUACUGUACAUUUUGUAAUGCUUGUGUAUUUUGUGAAUCUAUGUGACCUUGAGUGAUUUUACUCUCCCUGUCCAUCUGUGGCUGCUAUCUCUUUUUUGUUGUUUGUUUGUUUUGUUUUUAACUGUACUGAUAACAGAGGGCAAUUAUUCAGAUUCCUGCAUGUGUUGUCAGGCUCUUCCUGUCUGUGUGCAGGUGGUAUUGUUUUACUGUCAACCUUCUUGUUAUUGCAUAUAUUGCAUUUGCAUGGCUGUGUCAAAUCAAAUCAAGUGUUUUAGUGGGAAAAUGUUACACGAGUAGUCAACAGAUCUUUGUAUUACACCACACACCAGGAUGCCAGUAUUGUUAUUUUUUAUGUCUUUCGCUGUAAUUGUAACAUUUUAAUUCACCCCUCGUGCCUGUUUGCAUGUUCUUUUUUUCUUUUCUUUUUUAUUCUUAACUUUUCUCAGUUUGUAUUAAGACUAAAUUUGAGCUUUUUGUGUUUGAUUCUUCUGCCCUUAUUUUCAUUUGCUCUGUCAGUAUCAUCUCAGUACAGAUAUAUCCCUCAUAAUCCUCGACAAUCCAGACGUUGACCUCUGUGGAAUGGACCAGGCUGCCGUGCUACAGUAGACACUAUAAAUGGUACAUUGUCUCUGGAUUUAGAUGUCAUUUGCCAAAAACAAUUCCACUGAAAAUGACUUGUGCUGUUCUUUUUCACUGUGAAAUAAUGAAACAUAUUAAAAUGUUUUACAUCUCCUUAAA